CCUGCUCCAGGUUCUUAAACCCCCAGGGUCUGUGACUCCAAACUUCUGGAUUUGUCUUCUUCGCUGGUUUCUGGGACUCAACCAUGGAGUUGUCGGAUAUCUCUUUCCCCAUCCCUGCCGCUGACGACUUCUACGAUGACCCCUGCUUCAACACCAGUGACAUGCACUUCUUCGAAGACCUUGACCCGCGGCUGGUCCAUGUGGGCCUGCUGAAGCCGGAUGAAUCCUCCUCUUCAGCCUCCUCUCCUUCCUCUUCCUCCUCCUCGCCGUCCUCCCUGUUACACCUCCACCAUCACCACCACGCUGACGCCGAGGAUGAUGAGCACGUCCGGGCCCCAAGCGGGCACCACCAGGCGGGGCGCUGCCUCCUCUGGGCCUGCAAGGCCUGUAAGAGGAAGACCACCAACGCAGACCGGAGGAAGGCAGCAACCCUGCGUGAGCGGAGGCGCCUCAGCAAGGUCAACGACGCCUUUGAGACCCUGAAGCGAUGCACCACCGCCAACCCCAACCAGAGGCUGCCUAAGGUGGAGAUCCUUCGCAAUGCCAUCAGCUACAUCGAGUCCCUGCAGGCGCUGCUCCGUGGCGGCGGGCAGGACGACGGAUUCUACCCUGUUAUUGAGCACUACAGCGGGGACUCAGAUGCCUCCAGCCCUCGGUCCAACUGCUCAGACGGCAUGACAGAUUUUAACGGCCCCACUUGUCAGUCCACCCGCAGAGGAAGUUACGACAACGGUUCUUACUUCUCUGAGACUCCAAAUGGUGGUCUGAAGACAGAGCGUAGCUCGGUUGUGUCCAGCCUAGAUUGCCUGUCCAGCAUUGUGGAGCGAAUCUCCACUGAAAACAGCAGCCUGAUGCCCACCGUCGACACGACAGACUCUCCGCCCACGGAAAUUUCUGCUGAGGGGCUGGUGGCCCCUGGUCCAGUAGAAGUCCCCUCUCCGACUGCAAGCCAGGACCCCAACCUCAUCUACCAAGUCCUAUAGACUCAGACAAAGGACAGCUUCAGCCCGCAGUCCUGUCCCCAACGCACAGAGUCUUCACUUCCUGUUAGUCUAAACUGAAGAUCAAUCGUGCCCAAAAUACUCUUCUUAAAAUGUCUUGAUGAUGAGAUUUUUUUUCAGAAUGCUCAUUUACCAAGUAGUGUUUGCUAUUCCAAAACGACCACGAGAUCUCUUCUGGCAGGAUCGUUCGUCCAGAAUUUAGCAGUUUGAAUUUGAGGAGAGCUCCAACCACUUCAGUCAGAUUUCAUUACGCCUUUAUCAUGCUAUUUAAAAUGAUAUUAACUAUUCUGUGGGUGGAUUUCUGUAUUUAUGCUGGGACGGAGGUCAUGUGCCCUCCGUUUACAUUCCUCCACUCUUGUCCAACCGAGGUCCUAAAAUCCUUCCAGAGGAGUCAACGGCAUCCUUCACCAUCACUCAACUAAACAAUCCAGAUGAAGUUUUUUUUUGUAAUUAUUAUUUUAAAUCUUAACUCUACCAGGUUAACAAAUAUUCCACCAAAUCAAAUUCUUUCAUUUGUAUUCUUUCACUGCAGCAGCAGAGGACCAUUUUUUUCCUGACUGUAUAUAUCAUGUAAAUAAGAGCUGAUUUGUUCCGACUAAAAGUAUUAAUAAUGUAUUUAAUGUAUCUGUC